AUGACAUUGACUUGCAUAAUUUCUAUUGUCGUAUUAGUAUCUACAAGGAUUGAUUUCCCUCAUCGCGAUCCGAAAUUUCUUAAUCGCUGUAUAAGAACAUCUAAGAUUAAAGUUACAUAUGUAAGCAUCUUAGUGAAGUCAAAAGAUAUCAGAAACGUCGAAGACGUGAUUUCACAAAAAGGACCUGGACCUGCAGAUACGAAAACCGCUUCAGCCGUGGAUCGCAUAAACGAGGGUAGUCAAACGGCGGUGUCGAAACCCCGGAAAUCGCGUCGCAAGAAGACAAAAAACGCUACAGCCAAUUCCAAGGCAAAAGCAAUGACAACUCCUUGCGGCGAAUAUCGGAAGGAGAUCCAAAAAUGUAACGUUCAAACAGGAACACAAGCGGUAAAUCAACAACCAUGUUCCAUACCAGCAAUUCAAAGUCAAAAUACCUCAACAGCACCGAUGCGACCGAGAUCUCUUUAUACAGCGCAUAGUUAUCACGCACAAACAGAUGAAACUAAUUUCCAGCGAUACAGUGAAUUUCCCAAAUAUUUUGAAGCACCGCCAUCGGAACAAUGGGGUGGAUUAGCCGGUGCAACAGCAUUUUCUAAUUCAACAGCAUUGUGGCGACAACCACGAAAUUCUAAAACUAUUGCACCAUAUUAUGAAGAAACAUGUAUCUACGCAGAAAACUGGAGAGAGCACGAUACUGAUGCCGCUAUUGUAACUACACCACAUGGUACAAUUUCAUUGAGACUUCACAACAGAAUUCGGGUUGAUAUGACGAUCGAUCGAGCAGUUAGAGUAAUUAAUUUUAAGAAUAACAUUGUACUAUCGUUGAGCGGUUCUGGAGCAGCUGCAGCAUUACUCCAUCCAAAUGGAAGAAUAUAUCAAUAUGGAUCACGAGUUGAAAUCCUGGCCCAUGAUGCCCACGGCAAUAACAAAUACGCAAAGAUGUGGUAUAAAGGGGUGAGCUUUACUUCAGAACAAUGUGCUCUAGUUUAUUUAGUUGAUACGGCGGGAACAAGAACAACUACAGAUUCAUUUUCAGAUAUGAGUCAGGACUUUUCUCUUAGUGUUUUUUACUCUCGUUCCCGACACGGUCCAGCAUGUUUGCAAGAAGCUACGGCAGCUUUAGGUGCCGCUCAAUAUUGGUUAACUAACGAAGGUGUAGAAAAUUGGAUCAUUAAUAAUGUUAGAGUUUCGCAAACACCUGAUGGUCUUGUCAGGAUUGCUCGAAAUAGUAACAAAUAUCAAUUACGAACAUCACCUAGUAAUGGUACAGCUUCGUUAACGACUCCAUUUUUACAUUGUACUGCAUCUCUUGGUCAAACAUCUCAUCUUUUUGUGCGACGCGGUGAACGACGCAUGCAUUAUGACGGAACUAGUUUUAUUGUACGAAACGCGGGUCAUAGUGCUGGAUUCGACGACAACAAUCAACUGAAAGUUUAUUAAGAAAAUUUAACAUGAACUUAUUACCGUAAGCUUUAUAAAUGUUUAUUGGCGGCAAUAAUAAGACUUAUUCAGUAUAUAGAUUUAAUUUUAAUGCCGUAAAUAUACAUAAAGCUACAUAAAAAUGAAAAGUUACAUCUUUGAAAAUUAGUCUCUGAUAAAGUAACUUAUUCACGAAAUCUAUAAUACAUUUUACUCAGUUUUUAAGUUUAGAAAUUUAAUUCCAUUUUAAAGAUGUUUAGUCAUUUAAUUGAAUUGUCUUCACUUAAAGCAUGUGAAAAACAUAGCUACAAUAAGAUAGAGUACAAUGUAUUCUACGAAAGUUUUCUUUAAAUUUAAAAUGAUUAAUAUUUCCACUCACUUGUUCCUUAUACUUAUUUUGUACAAUUUCCAAUAAAAGACAAUUUAAGAAA